AUGAAACAAUUAAAACUUUAUAAUACACAACAGAAUCAUUUUGAAGUAGAACGAAAAUUCAAAUUUGAUGGUUCAAAAGUUAUUUUGUUGGAAAAAAAUAACGGAAAAAAACUUUUUGAUAAUGUCACUUUUAUCUCUGAAAAAUCAUUUACUGACGUUUAUUACGAUAAUCAUUCGGAAAAUUAUCCAUUAACCACAAAUGAUAUUUGGCUUCGUAAUCGGGAUAACAAAUGGGAAUGCAAAACACCUGUAAAUUUAACCGCUUCAAUGGAUUCAUAUCAUGAACUUGAUGAUACCAAUGUCAUUAAAGAAUUUCUUGAUAAAAAAUUGGAUGUUAAUAAAAGACGGUCAGAAAAUAUUCAUUAUAAUAAUGAAGAAUUUAAAGAUUUUUUAUUUAAAAAAUACAAUCUCACGCCAAUUUGUACGAUAACUACUCAACGUCGUAACUAUCUUCUUAAUAAUAAAUUUACUAUGGUUUUGGAUACCGCAGACUUUGGACAUUCGGUCGGUGAAAUUGAAUUGAUAGUUGAAUCUCAGAACAAGGUACAAGACGCAGAAAAAAGAAUUGCAUUUUUUAUGAAAGAACAUGAUUGGUUUUUUGAAACUGAUGGUAUAGUGAUGGGUAAAUUAUUAGCAUAUAUCUCUAGAUUUAACAAGAAACAAUGGGAAUGCAUGAAUAAUUCUAAUAUGCUUAAGAAAAAAUUAUUCCCGGAAACCUUGGAUAAUGUUGUAACUAAGUAA